ACAAAUAGCGAGCAAGCGCGUGAGAACCGCAGCGCGAGAGGCCCCGUUCCCGUAGAGCACGAGACAAAACUGCGCCGCCACCAGGCACCAUGGUUGACAAGUUCGUGGGCACGUGGAAGAUGAUCUCCAGCGACAACUUCGAUGAUUACAUGAAAGCUUUAGGUGUGGGCUUCGCCACUCGCCAGAUGGGCAACAUGGCCAAACCCAGUCUGAGCUUCAGCGUGGACGACCAGGGGCUCAUCUGCAUGAGGUCGCAGAGCACCUUCAAAACGACCGAGGUCAAGUUCAAACUGGGCGAGGAGUUCGAGGAGGUCACUGCGGACGACAGGAAGACCAAGACCACUUUUACCCUCGAUAACGGUAAACUGAUUCAAAAGCAGUGUUGGGAUGGUAAAGAAACGACCCUGGAGAGAGAAAUUAGUGACGGAAAACUGGUAGCGAAAUGCAGCAUCGGCAAAGUGACCGCGGUGAGAACGUACAUGAAGGAAGCUUGAUGGGAUUCGGCCGGUUUGGUGGCUGGAUGUGAAGACACCAGGCUCAGUUCAAUGAGCACCAAGAUGAAACUCGUGUCUGGCUCAUGUUUUAAUACUCAAUCAAAUGCAUGGUUUGUUUCUUCGGUGGCACAUGAAGUCCGUGGUGUUUAAUUAAAAGUUUUAAAGCGGUGAUGGUUUCAACCUGCUACAUGAAAAUUUUUGUUGUUUUUUUCCAAAAUUAUUUUUGAAAGUGGUAUGCAAAAGUUUUUUUUUUUUUUUUUUUUUCCUGGAAACUUUGAAACUAAUUUCUGUAUUAAAAUCCUUAGAACACCACAAUGAACCCCCAAAGCAUAAAUAAAAACUAAAUAUGAAUUACU